AUGGCCGGACUCCUCCGCUCCCCCCUCGUCCUCGCCAGGAACACACUCCGUGCUUCCGCUGUCCGAGUAUGCCCUCCUGCUCUCAUCCGCACCUACCGUAUCGACGUCAAGCCCACCAAAAAGACAGCUGCAGUACAGGACAAUGAGAAGGCACAACCAUUUACUACGACUCAGGACUCAAAAUACAGGAUAGAGAGACCACCAGCAGCGGUCGUUGCCUUUGCUCACCGUUUGGGAUUGAACCAGCUCAAGGACCAGACCUUGCUCAUGCGUAUCGUCACUCACCCCAGCUACGAGAAGGUUGGCAUUGCCACCAACGAGAGACUCGACUACCUCGGCGCCAAGGUUCUGGAUAUGUUUGUGCUGGAGUACCUUCACACCAAAUACCCCAAGAUGCCUACGAAGAUGUUGCAGGAUGCAGUCUCGACCUACACAAAGUCAAGCACAUUGGCUCUCAUGGCCAAGGAGUUUGGUGUUGAGGAUGCUGCCCGCUGGAUCCGCUCUAAGCCCGAGUUGGAGCACCAGUUGGCGUUCAACACUGUCAAGGCAUCGAUUGUUCGCGCAACAGUUGGAGCAUUGUACGUUGACCAGGGCCCCAUCAAGGCACGCGAGUUCAUCCACGCCCACUUCUUGUCGCGUGACUUCGAUCUGGUCCAGCUGCUGGAGAUUGAAGAGCCCAAGCUUUACUUGUCCUUCCUGAUGAAGCGUUUGGGACGCGAGAGACCCGUGGCCCGUUUGAUGUCCGAGACUGGUCGUCAUUCGAAGGCACCCGUCUUUAUCGUGGGCGUCUACUCUGGCACGGAAAAGAUGGGAGAGGGAUUCGGAUCUUCGUUGAAGAUGGCCGAGUUCAGGGCGAACAAGGACGCAUUGACAAAGUACUACCUUGAGGAGCAGAAGGACUUUGCACUGCCUUCGGAUGUUGAGGUUCAGGGCGCUGUCUAUACACCAACAAAGGUCGGCGACACCCCUGUUAUUGUUUAG